AACUGUGUGUGUUGGGUGACAGAUAGAACACAGAUCGAAAGCCUGGGACGCACAGUGCUCCUUCACUGGACCAUCCAUCAGCUGUCCUCUAUAAGAAGGAUCUGCCCCAUCGAGGAAGCAGCAGCUGGGAAGGAAACCAUGGGGUUGAGAACGAAAAUGGCGUCUCACAGUGCACCAGCGCUCUUCACCUCGCUGCUGCUACUGAUGCUACUGCUUGCUCGAGCGCAUGGAUACUCCUCGAAUCGGACGACGGGGUCGAUGGUGCCGGCGAUCAUCGCGUUCGGCGACUCCAUCGUCGACCCGGGCAACAAUGACGUGCUUGCGACCACCAUCAGGUGCGACUUCCCUCCCUACGGCCAAGAUUUCAUCGAUCACCAGGCCACGGGAAGGUUCUCCAAUGGGCUGAUCCCCACAGACCUUAUAGCUUCAGGGUUAGGGGUGAAGGAAUUGCUUCCGCCAUACCUUGGCGUUGACCUCUCACCAGAAGACAUUCUAACCGGUGUCAGCUUCGCCUCCGGUGCAACCGGAUUUGACCCUAUCACCCCCGAGAUAGUGAGUGUUUUCUCCAUGACCGACGAGCUUAAGCUCUUUGCGGAGUACAAAGAAAAGCUGUACGCCAUUGCAGGCGAGGAGCGAGGCGCAGAGAUCGUUUCCGAAGCUCUCUACGUGGUUUGUGCCGGAACCGACGACAUCGCCAACACUUACUUCACCACCCCGUUCAGGAGACCACACUACGACAUCCCUUCCUAUGUGAAUUUGUUGAUCAGCGGGGCUUCCGACUUCAUUAAGCAAUUACACGGCAUGGGAGCAAGAAAGAUCGGCUUUGUGGGUCUUCCACCCAUCGGAUGCGUACCAUCACAAAGAACUGUUGGCGGAGGGAUCCUGAGACAGUGCGAGGAGACUCGCAACCAAGCCGCACAACUCUACAACUCCAAGAUCGAACAGGAGAUCCGAAGGCUUUCCGGAGAAUUCGGUGACGGCACAAAGCUCAUCUACAUCGACAUAUACGACGUGUUGCUUGAUCUGAUUCGGCGACCCGGCUACUACGGAUUCAAGGUGUCGACGAAGGGAUGCUGUGGCACCGGAACGAUAGAGGUGACGCUCCUGUGCAACAGCAAGACGGCCACCGUGUGCAGUGACGUGACGGACUAUGUGUUCUGGGACAGCUACCACCCGACCGAGAAGGCCUACAAAAUCAUAGUCGGCAGCAUUUUUGAUAAUUACAUUCAAUUCUUGGUUUAAUGUGAUUCAAUGCACCUUUAACCAUAUUCCUUGUGCCAAAAAGAGGGAGAAAAGAACCCAAUAUUUCUUGUGCUUGCCUUUUCUACAAACCUCCUUAAGAUGUUGUUUUCGCAUUGUGAAAUAAGGCCGUGGAAUCAAACGUGUAUGGGCUGCACUGCUACUAUUACUAAUGAAGUAACAAGGUUCUUCGGCCA